AUGGUCUCCAGAAUUGUAAUGAUGCUAGCGGGUCUCCUAGCGGUGACCAUGGCCCUUCCUGACGCAGCGCCGUCAGGAGUUGGCUACGGUAGUCUGCGCUCUGGAUACGGUGGUUACGGAGGAGGCUAUGGUGGAUAUGGCGGAGGUUAUAGCGGAUAUGGUGGAUAUGACGGUGGUUACAGCAGAUAUGGUGGCUAUGGGCAAGGGUUAGGUCUUGGAUACAGUGGAUAUGGGAGCUUCGGCGGUGGAUUUGGACGUGGAUAUAGAGGCUACAGCAACGACUAUAGUGACUACGGAAGUGGAUAUAGCUAUGGCCAUAGACGCUGA